AGUUUGCAGCUGGUCUCCAGUGGCUGUCAGGGUUGGAGAGAAUGUUCUAAUCCGUCACCAUUGUACCAAUUGUCUAUAAAAAUUAAUGUGCAAGUGAAGCUCUGCCUUCAAAUGGGGGCAAAUCAAAUUCCAAUUUCCAAUUAAUCAGCACAAAGACAGACAUGAAUGACUCUGAAGAUUUCAAGGAGAGUCACAGCAGAAGCAAAGACCAAACAGAUGGAACAAAAAUGAGUCUAGGCAAAGAAGAGAAAGGAGUUAAAGUAACUAAGAAGUUUAUACCUCUGAUGGGUCAAAGCUGCAGAGGAGGAGAUCCAUCUCCUGACCAAUGUUUGACCAGCUCUGAAAUGCCGUCAGCGCCUCUUCUAGUUUCUGCAUCUGGCCCUCAAGAUGAAGAUCUGCGACUGGAGGAACGUCCACAAAGGGAGGACUGGAUGAAGGACGAAUCAUCCCAGACUAAGGUGUCGUUUGGUGGACUGGGUGUCCACCAGCAGACCAUGGAGGAGCUGAAGAGCAUCCUGAGGGACAGUCAUCUGCUCAGCGUGCGAGGGAGAGAGGAGGAGAAGCCAGGAAGUCCGUUUACGUACCUCCAUGGGAGCAGCAGCGGCGGUGUAGGACGCGAGAGACGGGGGGACGAUGACAACCCUCACAGGACGUUCAGCACCUUCAAACCUCAGUCUGAUGCUUCCAGAAGGGGGGGCAGCUCCAGAGAAAGUACGCCUAUUCAUCUGCCCCCCGCUGUGGAUGCAUCCAGCUCAAUCAGGUCUGCUGCUAAAACAAAUAGGCAGCCUGGAGUCAGGAUCUACACACAUUCAAGCAGCAGAGCCUGGGGGGAGACGGGAGAUUCAGAUAACGACAACAAAGCUGUUGAAUUCUCCAGCAACUUGAGGUUUUUCUCAGCCAUGGAACAAAUCAAGCAGCAGAUCGCCAGAGAAAACAUCAACUUCGUCCGUUUUGAGGCCACCGACCUCCACGGAGUGUCGCGGUCCAAGACGGUGCCCGUCCGCUUCUUCCAUGAGAAAGCAAUAUAUGGGGUUCCCAUGCCAAGAAGCUAUUUGGAGCUGACCCUGAGCCCGAAGAGCAACGAAGUGGACCACGCCAACACCGCCAGCUUCAGCAGUGAUGUUCUUCUGAUCCCUGACCUUUCAACUUUCAGAGUCCUGCCUUGGGCUGAGCAGACAGCGCGGGUCAUAUGUGAUCCAUGCACCAUAACAGGAAGCCCCCUCCGCACCUCGCCUCGCCUUAUAGCGAAGCAGCUGCUCGGUCAGCUCCAGAGCCUGGGAUUCUCCCUGCACUCAUCCUUUACCUACGAGUGCUGUGUUCUGGGAGCGCCGGACAGAAUCGGACCAAAGACGCUCCUGUUCCCUGCCACCACGCUGCUGAGCAACCACGACCUCCCGUUCUUCCAGCAACUGGUCGACAGCAUGUACUGCAUGGGCGCAGACAUCGACAGCAUCGCCUCUGCUAGUGGACCCGGCCAGAUGGAGAUCAAUUUGAGGCCGGAGUUUGGGAUCGCGGCUGCAGACAGCGCCUUUACCUUCCGCACUGGCAUUAAAGAAAUGGCUCGUAAGCACAGCUACAUCGCCAGCUUUUUUACCGAUGACGGUCUGUAUAACGCCGGUGUGCUCUCCCAUAGCCUAUGGGACGCUAAUGGGCGGCGCAGUCUCUUCCAGAGUGGCGAAAAGGAAGUAGAUCUGUCUGAGAUUGGUAGAAAAUGGCUGGCGGGACUUCUCACCCACUCUGCAGCGCUCAGCUGCCUGAUGUCACCCGGACUGGGCUGCCGGAGCCACAUCGCCAAAACCAUCAAAGACCCCAAGCGAGUUCUGUAUGCCACCUGUGGCUGCAAUGACAACAGCAGUUCCUUUAAUAUCAAAUGUCACGGCGGGAGGGAGACGCACAUCGACAACAAGCUAGGCUCAGCUAUGGCGAACCCUUACAUUGUCCUGGCUGCUACGACGGCCGCAGGACUGGACGGCAUCAGGAGAAACCUGAACAUUGAGAACAUUCUGAACAAAACCCCCGGCCAGCAGAGGGAGUUCGCCAUUCCGGUGAAGCUGGACAAUGCGCUGGAGGCGUUGGCGGAGGAUCACGUCAUCUGCAGCGCCCUCGGAGAGCCGUUUGUUCAAUACUUCAUUGCCAUGAAGAAGUUUGAGAUCGAGACCCAAGAGCUGGACGACGAGAGGAACAAGUGCCUUGAGUAUUUCAUUUGAACUUAUUUGUGGUGUCCUCGCUCAUAAUUUUACAAAUGAAACAGUUUCUCUCGUCAAGCAAGACAAAGUUUUCCUCACAUAUAUUAUUAAAAACGAAUUAAAGUGAAUUCUGAAGUCAA